GCACCGCGGCUUGAGGAUGGGCCGCAGCGGGGAGCUCAGUGACUUCCAGCGGGGCACCGUGGUGGGAUGUCACCUGUGUCUGAAGUCCGUGCGGGAGAUCUCCGGCCUGCUGAAGCUGCCUCGUUCCACCGUGAGCUCCGUCAUCCUCAAGUGGAAGCGAGGCGGUAUCACGACGGCCCUGCCCCGCAGCGGCCGGCCGACCAAGCUCCAGGAGCCGCAGCGCCGGGUGCUGCAGCGGGUGGCCCUGGAGCAGGGGCUGCCCCCCGGGGAGGCGCUGGGGAAGGGUCGGCCCUCCGUGGAGGCUCUCACCGCCGAGUUCCGGAGCAGGGCCGGGGCCAGCGUGAGCUCCAGGACGGUCCGCAGGGAGCUCCGGGAGAUGGGCUUCCGAGGGAGGGUGUCUACGUACACGGCCAGAGGAGGGGAAAAGAAGCAGACACUCCUCAGCCAGGAGGACGCCCAGGUGGACGUGUCCCGUCUGGACCUGCGUGUUGGACGUAUCCUCACAGUUCUGCAGCCUUCAGAGACUGAGAGUGUGUGUGUGAAGCAGGUCGACGUGGGAGAGGCGGCUCCCAGGACAGUGGUCAGUGAACUGGCUCACCACAUACCAGUGGAUCAGAUGCAGAACCGCAUGGCCGUCCUGCUCUGUAACCUGAGGCCAGCCGAGAUGGGGGGUGUGGUUUCCCAGGCGAUGGUCAUGUGCGCCUGCUCGCCAGACAAGGUCGAACUCCUUGAUCCGCCGAUUGGAGCAGCACCAGGAGACAGAGUGACUUUCCAGGGCUUCCCAGGUGAACCAGAUACGGAGUUGGAUCCCAAAGAGAACGUGUGGGAGCAGAUUCAACCGGACCUUCGCACGGAUGCUGAGUGUGUUGCUGCGUACAGAGGAGCGGCCUUCAAAGUCCUCGGCAAGGGAGUUUGCAAAUCCCAAACCAUGAGCGAUAGUGACAUCAAGUAAACUGUCGACGCUGCUUGAAAAUCGCUGCGUUCAAAUUCCUGCAAUAAAAAUGACGUGGAAAGACUUCCCCAAUGACAGGAGGCCCCGUAGCACAAUAUUAACACCCGAGGUUUUGGACUGACAUGUCCAACAAUCUCAAGGGUGUUGUUUUUGAGUGUCCACAUGCUUUUGUGGUGACGCUUAAAUUUCCCUCAGGGGAGGACAGAUAUGAACAUUGCUGUUACAUGUUUUCCCUAUUAUGAAAACCUGCAGUUUUGAAUUUGGCCAAGGGAGGGCGCUGCAGCAGCAAUGAUCAUGUUCAGUAUGUGUGUGGAGACUGAGAAGAUGCAGUACACAUGAGAAGAUCCAGUACACAGCACAGUCAUAUCCAAGAUGGUCAAAAGACCAAGGGGAAUUCUACAGAAGAACCCCAUCGAGUUGGGAAAGUGUUUUUCCCAUGUGACCACAGUGGUGAUUUCCACUGAAAUGUGGGUGAAACUCAUCGGUGCAGUCCCAUUAGAAACAAGGAGUCAUUCAACAGUUUUCUUUUCUAUUUAUGGUUAAGAAAAGAGCUCAGAAGUAACUAGUUUAACCAAAUGUAAAAUGUCAGCUCUUUGUUCUGUCAUAGAGGUUGUGUGGGUUUUUCACAGUAUUAGUCUGACACAUGAUGUAGGUGUAUCAGUACAAACAGCCUGGGGCAGGUUUCAUUCUGAAGGACGUGUUCAGUGUUAUAACGGUGAUCGCCUCAUUGUUCCUGAUUUUUGUUAAACUGAAGUUUGGAAACUGGAAAGUGAGACUUCUGAAAUGGAUGUGAAAGUGGAUGUUUAUCACCCAGAAACUUGUGUAUCCAUCCUGCUAUUUCAAACUCUGCUCUUGAGCUGUUUUAGGAAGUCAGUGAAAGUCAUUUGCUAUUUCAUGUAACAUGUUUCUGUUUGUUUAGCCUCCAUCAUGAUCACUAAUGAUCAGAGAUGUUCCAAUAUUGACACCAGCAUCGGAAAUGCCAGGCCGGGAUACUGCAAAUGUGUGAAUCUAUGAACCGAUCCUAUACCAUAUGUUUAAUGAGUAUUUGUUUCACCCAGAUAAAACUGCAGCUUUCUUUUCCCAGAAAUCCCUUCUUCUUUGCUGCUUCAAAAUGGCAACAUUAAGUAAAACGGUUAAAACAGCAGAACUUGUUUUUAAGGGUUUAACCUGGGCCCGGUCAUAAAACAGUGAUACAAUCAUCACUUCCAUUCUGGGUUAGUACUUUACAGCUGUGAAAAUACACUGAUAUCAGAUCGUACUCAGUUUCUGAGACACACAAAGUCAAGGAUUCUGUGACAGGAAAUUUAAAAAAUGGUAUUUGGACAUCUCCAUUAAUUAUCCUGCUUAAAAAUAAAGAGUUUAUUGUGAAGGAACAAUCGAAAAAGAAACUCUCUUUUCGUGUUUUGCUUUUUGCUUGAGGCUGAAGGAGUCACACAAACACACAAAUUUCUUCUUCCCUUAUUUUAAUGGAAGAACUGAAGAUAGCCCAUUGAGUAGAAUGGGGAUGUGAUCCAGGAACUAAGAAGAGGAACAGAUUGUCCGAGACAAAGAUCUUUUGACAGAACUCGUGGGCUUUAAGUUACAGUAGCACGCUUUCUAUUAUAUAAUGACAAUAAUAAUACACUUUUA